GGAAAACAAAAAUAAUAAGUAAAGCCCUACCAAAACCUCUUUCUCCAGAGAGAGAGAGAGAGAGAGAGAGAGCUUUAAUUAACACUGAAUUUGAGUUAAGUGCAUGGCGAAGAGUCCAAGUCGUGUAAUCUGGACGGGUUCACGGGCGGUGCGGCAUCUUUGCGUGGCGGCAGAGGCGGUGCCAGUAGCGGCGGAAAAACGGAAGAGGAUGUACAGGAGGUUAUCGGAACUGGGGGCAAGUGGAGGGAGCGUGUCAAAGACGUUAAAUGAGCUCAUAUUGGAGGGUGGGAAAACAAGCAAAAUCAAUCUCACUACUUGCAUCAAAAAGCUCCGCAAGUACGGCAGGUUCGACCAUGCCAUUGAGGUAAUGGAGUGGAUGCAGAAGAGGAAAAUGAACUUUUCCCAUGUUGAUCAUGCAGUUUACCUAGAUCUUACAGCAAAAACCAAAGGGAUUGCUGCAGCCGAGAAUUAUUUUGACAACCUCCCACCAUCUGUGCAGAAUCAUGUUACUUAUUCAACACUUCUGAACUGUUACUGCAAGGAACGUAUGUCUGAAAAGGCACUGACUCUUUUUGAAAAAAUGGACAAAAUGAAGCUUCUUUCAACUUCUAUGCCUUUUAGCAAUCUCAUGACCCUGCAUAUGAGAUUGGGGCAACCUGAGAAGGUGCUCGACAUAGUACAGGAGAUGAAGCAGAGGGGCGUAUCUCCUGGCACCUUCACUUAUAAUAUCUGGAUGCAGAGCUAUGGAUGUUUGAACGAUUUUGAGGGAGUACAGAGAGUUCUAGAUGAGAUGAAAAUGGAUGGCAAAGAGAACUUUUCUUGGACUACAUACAGUAACCUCGCUACAAUCUAUGUCAAGGCUGGACUUUUUGACAAAGCUGAAUCAGCUCUUAGAAAAUUAGAGGAGCAGAUAGAAUGUGGACGCGAUUGUGAUUUUCAGAAAAAACGCAGACAUGAUGCUGACCGUGAAGCUUAUCAUUUUCUGAUUUCCCUUUAUGCUGGCACUUCUAAUCUAAGUGAGGUCCAUCGGGUGUGGAAUUCACUGAAGUCAAGCUUCCGCACAACAACCAAUAUUAGUUAUCUUAACGUGCUCCAGGCUCUUGCUAAAUUAAAAGAUGUCGAGGGUCUACUGAAGUGUUUCAAGGAGUGGGAGUCCAGUUGCCACAGUUAUGAUAUGAGGUUGGCAAAUGUCGCUAUAAGAGCCUGCCUAGAGCAUGAUAUGUAUGAAGAAGCAGCGUCAAUAUUUGAUGAAGCUCUUAAGAGGACCAAAGGACUAUUCUUUAAGGCCCGGGAGAUGUUCAUGGUUUUCUUCUUGAAGAACCAUCAACCGGAUUUGGCUCUGAAGCACAUGAAAGCGGCGUUUUCCGAAGCCAAGGAGAUUGAAUGGCAACCAGAUCAGAAAACAGUAAGUGCUUUUCUGAAUUAUUUUGAAGAUGGGAAAGAUGUUGAUGGUGCUGAGAGACUGUGCAAGAUAUGGAAGCAGAUUAAUCGUCUGAACUCUAAUGCUUACAUUUUGCUGCUAAAGACUUACACAGCUGCUGGCAGAUUGGCUCCAGAGAUGCGGCAGAGGUUGGAAGAAGAUAAUAUUGAAAUAAACCCUGAGCUUGAGAACUUGCUUGAAAGGGUCUCCCCUAAAUAGGCUUAGUUCAGGGAAGCCAGAAUUAAGAAAUGGCUAGAAUUAGCCAUUUAUGUAACAUUGAAUCAGAUUUUAGAGAUGCUUCCCGUGACUAACAAGGUUUAAAUUUUAUCUUGGAAGCAAAUAACUACCAAUUACAUAUUUGAUAUUUGA